AGACUGAUGGUCUCUUCCACAUUUUCAAAUAUAUCUCAAUAUAAUUUUGUUUCCAUGAAGCUAUCGCCCUACAUCAGUGCAAUCAUGAUCACAAUUUUCGCCUCAUCUCUUGUUCCAACUUAUUUCGGUGCUCGAGCGAGCAACGGAACUACGCAAGGAGAGGAAAUGCAUGCUCUGCUGGAGUGGAAAUCUGGUCUGGACAAUAAUAGUCAAGCUCUUUUAUCUUCAUGGCGAGGGGACAACCCUUGCAUAUGGAGAGGGAUCGGGUGCGAUGGCUCAGGAAGUGUCUCGGGGCUUAAUAUCACGGACACAGGUUUGCGAGGUUCGGUCAGCAAACUUAACUUUACAGCUCUGUCAAAUCUAAUUAGUCUCAAUCUCUCGGCAAACUCGCUGUAUGGUCGUAUUCCUUCAUCAAUCAGUAACCUCUCUAAGUUGUCCACUCUGUCUAUCUUUAACAACUCGCUCUCUGGCACAAUCCCUCUUGAAAUAGGCAAGUUGAGCAGGCUGAGCAUUCUUUACCUUGACAGGAAUCGUCUACACGGAACUAUCCCUGAAGAAAUAGGAAUGCUGCACUCUCUUUUGAACCUCACCUUGUAUGAUAAUUAUCUCGCAGGUCAGAUUCCUACUUCUAUGGGAAACUUGAGCAAGUUAACAUUUCUCGCCCUGGGCCAAAACAAUCUCGUAGGGUCUGUUCCUCGAGAAAUCUACACCCUAAGUUCUCUUACCUUCCUCUCUCUCCAAGGGAACAAAUUAACCGGUUCCAUUCCUUCGUCUAUAGGAAAUCUGAGUAGUCUAAAAGUCCUUGACUUCCGAAGGAAUCAUCUUUCUGGUCCAGCUGCCCAGGAGAUAGGAAGGUUGAAACCUCUGGCAGAGCUCCAUCUGUCUUUCAAUAAUUUAAGUGGUCCAAUUCCUGUGUCUAUUGGAAACUUGACUGCCCUGACUCUAUUAGCCCUCGCUUGGAACGAUCUUUCCAGCUCCAUUCCUGAAGAAGUUGGUAAUUUGAGACAUCUGAAGGAACUUUACCUGUCGGGAAAUAGUCUCAACGGGUCGAUCCCGAGAUCAAUUGGAAAAUUGGUCAACUUAAGUGCACUGGGUUUGCACUAUAACAAUCUUUCUGGUUUUGGUAAUUUGAGACAUCUGAAGGAACUUUACCUGUCGGGAAAUAGUCUCAACGGGUCGAUCCCGAGAUCAAUUGGAAAAUUGGUCAACUUAAGUGCACUGGGUUUGCACUAUAACAAUCUUUCUGGUUUCAUCCCGGAUGAAAUGAAUAAUCUCAGAUUUCUACGAGUUUUCUCCAUAAGUGAAAAUAAGCUCAUAGGGCGACUACCAGAUAACAUUUGCCUUGGAGGAUUACUCAAAAGAUUUACAGCUCAUAAUAAUCACUUCUAUGGUCAUCUUCCUAAGAGCGUGAAGAAUUGCAGUAGCUUACAGAGGAUUCGACUAGAAGGAAACCAACUCACGGGAAACUUGACAGAAGAUUUGGGUGCAUAUCCCAACUUGAAGUAUAUUGACUUGAGUUAUAACCAAUUCUACGGCGAGCUUUCUUCGAAAUGGGCCUGUUCCCAUAACUUAACAAGCCUAAGAGUCUCCAGUAACAACAUUUCUGGUGAAAUACAUCCCAUGAUUGGGAAUAUGGCUCAGCUGAGCGUAUUGGACCUCUCAUCAAACUAUAUUACCGGUGAGGUUCCAAGGGAAUUGAGAAGAUUGACUUCACUGCUCGAGCUUGAUCUACAUGAUAACAAAAUCUCUGGUACCAUCCCUCCUGAGAUUGGUCAUUUGUCUACACUGAGGAAGCUCAACUUAGGGAGCAACAAGUUCGGUGGCUUGAUCCCACCGCAAUUAGGACAGUGCGGAAGCUUGUGGAACUUGAAUUUGAGCAACAAUGAAAUUCGACCCAGUAUUCCUUCGGAGAUAGGCAAUUUGCAGUUUUUGAGUGAUCUUGAUCUGUCCCAUAACUUCCUGGCAGGAAAAAUACCAGGCAGCAUCGGAAAGUUGACAAUUUUGGAAGUGUUGAAUUUAUCCCAAAACCGCCUGUCUGGCUUCAUACCAAAAAGUUUCAACAAUAUGUUGGGAUUGGUAUCUGUGAAUAUAUCCCACAACGACCUGGAGGGUCCAAUCCCAAACAUCAAAGCCUUCCGUGAUGCUCCAUACAGCGCAGUCGCAAGCAAUAAAGCUGGGUUGUGUGGGGUUGUGGCUGGUUUGAAGAAAUGCUCUGAGAGGACUUAUAGUGAGAAAGGAAACAAGUUUAUGGUUCCAAUCAUCCUCACGCUAGUCAGCUUCAUCAUCCUCACGUCUUUAAUCGUCGGAAUGAUUCUUCUAGCUCGCCAAAGGGGCAAAAGAGCAGAGCAAGACUCAUUGGAAGCACAAGUGCGAGGAGAUGAUUUUGCGAUAUGGGGCUACGACGGAAAAUUGGUGUACAAGAACAUUAUCAAAGCCACGGAAGGAUUCGAUUCCAAGUACUGUGUGGGAGACGGCGGAUACGGAGCUGUGUACAAAGCCAAGCUAUCAGCUGAUCAAGCUUUUGCCGUGAAGAAAAUCCAUGCGCCGCAUGAUGAGAUUCUCGGGUUAACAUCACUAGAGCAGGAGGUCGCUGCAUUGGCAAAUAUACGACACCGUAACAUUGUCAAGCUCUAUGGAUACUGCUUCCAUCCAAGACACUCGUUCUUGGUGUACGAAUUCAUGGAAAGAGGAAGCUUGAGAAGGGCCUUGAUUGACGACGAGAUGGCGAUGGAGUUUGAUUGGGCCAGGAGGGCGACUGCGAUCAAAGGCGUGGCGGAUGCAUUGUGUUACAUGCACCACGAUUGCUCUCCUCCAUGGAUUCAUAGAGACAUCACUAGCAACAAUGUGCUUGUGGAUGGUGAUUUUGAAGCUUGUGUUUCUGAUUUUGGCACAGCAAGGCUUCUCAAGCCAGAUUCAUCUAAUUGGACUUCAUUGGUCGGUACACUCGGAUAUAUAGCACCAGAGUUAGCGUAUUCAGUAGUAAUUACUGAAAAAUGUGAUGUUUAUAGCUUCGGAGUGGUAGCAUUGGAAGUAAUUAUGGGAAGACAUCCGGGGGAUCUUGUCUCAAGCUCACGUCAAUCAUCGACAUUGCCGAUGCAAACCGACUCGGGAACGUCACUGCAAGAUGUGCUAGACCGACGUCUCCCGCUUCCUUCAGACAAAGACGCGGAGAAUGUGGUCUCGAUCGCUAAACUAGCAAUGGCAUGCUUGCGAGUCGAUCCUCAUCGUCGACCCACCAUGCAAAAAGUCUGUCAAGGACUUUCAAUUCAAGUGCCUUUAGUGAAGCCGUUCUCUCAUGUCAGAUUGAGUGAGCUAGAUGGUGUCCAAUGGUUGAGGUAGCUGAACGUUCGAGGAUUGAAUGGGAAAGAGCUUAAUCGUUUCUCGCCAGUAAAUGUUCAAAUUAAAUGCAGUUUUUCAUUUUAAUCGCUGUAAAAAAGGGAAGUGCUAAUGCAUAAAUUAAAUGCAGUUUUUCAUUUUAAUCGCUGUAAAAAAGGGAAGUGCUAAUGCAUAAAUUAUUCUCAUACAAAACUUCUCGUCCA